UUCUCUCGUUUUUGUUGACGCAGAAGCAAAAGAGUGAAGAUUGAUUGCGAGAGGAAUGGAAUUUUUGGACGAAGAUGCGAAACCGAAGUUCCUGUUUCAGUCCGGUGCACCCGCGCCCACUGUAUCACAGCCUUCCGAGAAACCAACGAAACCGUUCAUCGCUGUAACCGUUGCUCUCUCUUCAAUCUUCUUCGCUCUCGCUAUCUUCGUCUUCCCAUCGGAACCUUACAGAUCGAUUCUCUUCUGGUUCGCACUAUCACUUCUCCUUGGUCCUUUCGCUCCUAGCUCAAUCACUGGCGGUGAUUUCCGCGUCGGCCGUGGUCAUGUCGUUAACUUCCCCGAUCAGGAAGCCUCAGCUGAUGAUGAUGACGUCAGGAAAAGAUCUCAGCAGCGCAGAUCUAAGCCGCGGAGAUCGGAGGAUGUUGCGUCCGUAGUUCUUCCGGCGCCGGUAGUUUCAAACGGCAGUGCUUUGAAGAAUCGAAAUGGAAACGGUGCUUCAUUGACGGCGGCGGUGGUGGAGGAGGAGAAGGAAUGGAACGAGGACGACAUUGAGAUUCUGAAGAAGCAAAUUGUGAAACAUCCGGUGGGGAAACCAGGACGAUGGGAGGUGAUAGCGGAGGCAUUCGGAGGGCGGCACAAAGCAGAGAGCGUGGUGAAGAAGGUGAAGGAGUUAGGGGAGAAGAAGGUUGAUGAUUCGGAUUCGUAUGAGCAGUUUCUGAAGAAGAGAAAAGCGUUGGAUAAGAGACUUGUUGAAGAAGGAGGAGAAUUAGCAACGGUUGAGAAAGUUGAGAGUGUUUGGAGUUCAAAUGAGGACAUUGCUUUGUUGAAUGCUCUGAAAGCAUUUCCGAAAGAUGUUGCAAUGAGAUGGGAGAAAGUUGCUGCUGCUGUUCCCGGAAAAUCGAAAGCUGCUUGUAUGAAAAGAAUGGCUGAAUUGAAGAAAGGGUUUCGGAAUGCAAAAUCUGGAUCCGAAGUUUAGAUUCAAAAUUCUCAAGAUCUGUUAUCUUGGUAUAUGGAUUAAUACUUGUAACUCAUGCGUUUUUUUUUGUUGUAUUCUAGAUAUUUGAGUUAUGAAUUGUAUCGGAAAAUUGUUUGGAUGAGUCAUGAGUCAUUCUUUGCUUGUUCAUCAAGUUACUAUGUGAAAUCUAACUUCAUUGAAUAAAUAGAAUGAACAAGAUGUAUUCAAAGUUA